UCGUGCAAAUUUGUUGUACACAUGUUUUUAAAUUCUUUUUUUUUUCAUUUUCAUUGUUUGGAUUCCAUCAUCAUCGAUUUAAAUCAGACAAACAAACGACGAAAAACAACAAGGAAAUUCAAUCAUCUAUUCUGACUACGAUUCUGGAUAUUUGUUCUGAUUUUUUUCUCUUUUUUAAUUCCAACCAAAAAACAACAACAUCUGCUAGAAAAAAAUGGCUUCCAAAGGUAAAUAUGUUAUCGGUACGGAUGGUACAGAUUAUCAACAUCGACAACGUGUUGUAUCAGCUCAUUCAUUCAGUGCCAUAUCAAAACAUUAUCUAAAGAUUACAUUUUAUCUACAUUUUCUUCUUUAUCUAUUGAUUAUAUUAAAAUUAAGCGAAGAUAUAUUGGAUCGUAUGGAUAUAUUCAUAUUGGAAUUACAAGAAUUAGAGAUACCGAAACCAGAUAUAUGGGAAUGGACAUAUGGUUUAUCAUUUUUAUUCACAAUAUUUGGUGCACGUGCUAUACGUACGAAUUCAUUUCGUAUGAUUAAAUAUUAUCUAAUGGGUAUCGGUUUAUUUGCAUUCAUACCUAUUGUUUGGGCACAGCAAAUUUAUUUUAUGGAUUUUUAUAAUUUUAUUUAUGAACGUGACAUUACAAAAUUACAAUUUGUUUGGCAUAAUCUACCAUUAUCGGUUAUAUUUGAAGCAUUUUCAAUAAUCGCCAUUCAGGUUCAUAUUUUUCAAUUAUAUUAUGCAUAUAAAUUGUAUAAAUUAUGGAAACCAUAUUCACAACGUCGUCAGCAGCAGCAACAACAACAACAAUCAUCAUCAUCAUCAACAACAUCGUCGUCGUCGUCAUCGUCAUUAUCACCAUCACAAGUUCAAAAUUCAUCCACCGCAAUAAAUAAUGGUGAACGGAUGAAAAAAUUCAACUAAAGAAAAAAAAAUUGCCUGUUCUCUUUCUCUCUAUCUUUCUCUAUGCAU